UUUGAUUUAUUUUUAAGCAUAUUAGUUUGUAUAGAAACGGCCAUAAACUGCACUAACCGCAAAGAAAUCGCGGAUGAAACUUUUAAAUACGCCUGCUGCCAUCUUAAAGCUGCCAAACGUAACGGAACGUUUAAGGAUUCCUCAAGUGGGAACCGGGAAGCCAACAACUAAGACAAUACGAAACUCAAUAGCUGGAAGGGAAGAUAGAAAAAAUGAUUUACGAGGGCAACGGCAACGAUAUUCUGGGCACAUUCAAUUUGAGCCGCGAAUGCAACGGAUUUGGUGGCGACGACGCUCUUGCCCCCGACUCCCCAGGACAUCCGUGCUUCACGCAUUUCGGCUGUCCCUGCGAUAUGAACGACAACAGUCCGCAUGAGUGUAUGCCGCAUACACAUAUGAAGGCGCCACAAGCUAGCAGAAUACCACGCACCCGACCUCGCGUCGCCACACGCCCCAAUCUAUCGUUUUUGAAUCCUGUAUUCCAUGAACGCUCACAAGCAGAGGAUGACGGCGUGUUGUCCCAGCAAUUGUGGAAACUGGCGCGCAAGACCGGCACGCUGAAUCUUUCCAACAAGGGCUUGGCACGCGUGCCCGAACGCAUCUAUGAUAUCAAUGAAGCCGAUGCCGAUAGUCAGGCCGCCAACUUGGAGCAAUUGUCCAUCAAGGAGGAGGACGCCUGGUGGAAUCAAGUGCCAUUAAACAAUCUGGACCUAAGCUCCAAUGCCUUGACACACAUUUCGCCAAAAAUUGAAAAUUUGCAGUCGCUUACCGUGCUAAUUCUGCACGACAAUGCUCUGGUCACACUGCCGCCAGAGAUGGCCAAGCUGGAGAAGCUCGUGCGCCUAAAUCUGAGCCACAAUAAGCUGAGCGAUUUACCGCGCGAGCUCUACAGCUUGCCGGAGCUGCGGCAUCUGAACAUAUCGUAUAAUGAAUUUAGUGAGCUGGAUCCAGAUAUCAGCGACUUGCAUAUGCUAGAAUUUUUGGAUGCUGGCCACAAUAACAUACAAAUUAUCCCCGGUGGAAUUGGUUUUCUAGUGCGUCUAACCGCGCUUUUAUUGCCCUUUAACCACAUCAAGGAAUUACCGCCCGAUCUUGUUAGCAUGCGAUCUUUGCAAAAACUGGAUCUGAUGCAGAACGAUUUAAUUUACCUGCCGGACGACAUUGGACUGCUGAGGAAGCUUCAAUGCUUGUAUAUUCAGCACAAUGACAUCAAAAUGCUGCCCGACUUUGAGGGAAGCGAGGAGCUGCAGGAGCUACAUGCAAGCAACAAUUUUAUUGAGAGCGUUCCAAAGGCUUUGUGCGCCAAUUUGCCGCAUUUGAAGAUUUUUGAUUUACGAGACAACAAAAUCUCCAUACUACCCGAUGAGAUAUGCCUGCUACGCAAUCUGCAUCGUCUGGAUGUAUCGAAUAAUUCCAUAAACACGCUGCCCGUCACACUCUCCGCAUUGGCCCAUUUGAUCAGCCUACAGGUUGAUGGCAAUCCGAUCAAGACAAUACGACGCGACAUCUUGCAAUGCGGUACGACACGCAUUCUAAAGACCCUACAAGAGCGCGCACAGGCCAAGGCGCGAGAAGGUGGAGCUGAUAAUGCAACAGCAGGGGCACCAGGUCCGGAUGAAGCUCUGCGCCUGCGUGGAGGCCAAGCAAAUGAAGCCCGAAACUAUCCGGACAAUCACAGACAGCAGCAUUAUCCCUGCCAGUGCGUUCAGUGCCGCAGCCAUUACCAGCAGCAGUUCCAAUCGUCCCAACAGCGCUUCUGCAAUUGCCCGCAGUGCAUGUAUCGGCAGCAACAGGAAGCGUCUGGCUAUUACCGAACAGUUACCAAUCAAUAUGCGCAACCAGACUUGGCUCACUAUCGAACUUAUAAUGCUUAUCAAAAUUCUAGUUUCGCGUCGUACCAGCAGCAAGAGACGGAUGAACAGACUGACGCUUCUUUGGAAGUGCAUCCGCGUUGGGUAUACAAAUUGCGUCAAUCGCGAACGCUGGCGGUCAACUUGGAGGAGCUGACGGACGUGCCCGAAAGCGUGUUCCAGAUGGCCCGGGAGGAGAAUGUACAUGUCGUCGAUUUUGCUCGCAAUCAACUUGGCACUUUGCCAGCAGGUUUGCAGCAUUUGUGCCAUCUGGUGACGGAGCUUGUUCUGGGGCACAACCUGAUUAGCCAUAUACCGCCGUUUAUAUCGCAAUUCACACGCAUUACAUUUAUUGAUUUGUCCAACAACUUGCUCAAGGACUUGCCCAGUGAAAUUGGUGUUUUGAAUACCCUACGUGAGCUUAAUAUAGCUAAUAAUCGUCUCGAGUUUUUGCCCAAUGGCUUGUACGAGCUGCAAAGCCUCGAGGUCUUGAUUGCCAGUGAUAAUCAUAUUAAAGCGCUAAAUGUCUCGGGUCUCGGCGCCAUGAGGCGCUUGGCCACAUUGGACCUGCGCAAUAACGAUAUCGAUUUUGUGCCACCCAUACUUGGCAAUCUGACAAAUAUAACCCGGCUGGAGCUGGUGGGCAAUCCGUUUCGACAGCCGCGCCAUCAGAUCUUGGCCAAAGGGACGGAGGCUAUUAUGUCGUACCUGCGUGAUCGUAUACCCAUAUGAAUUGGAGCAGCUGCUACGACCUCGAGCACUCUCCCAAAUUCAAAAUUCGUCUCUGUUUCAUUUAGCUCCAAAGUUUGAGCGUUAAUUAAUUUUAUUGUGUUAUUAUUUUGACGAAAAGCUAAACCAAAAUUUCAGUAAUGACUGCACCUGCACGCACACACACAAGCACCUAAAGAAGGUGAUGUGUGUGUGUGUGGGUGCAACUGCAGGAGGCACGCAUCACAACAACAAAAAAAAAAACACUCAACUCAAGGCUAUAUACUAAAAUACUAGUCAGAAAACACGCACAUUGUUGAUCUUUUGGAAAGGCAGCUUGCAAAAAUUAAAUAUUGAAUAAAAGAC